AUGAGGCAGACAUUUGGCAGAAACCCCGACCAUGACAUGAGGAUGGGCGAUGACAACUUCAUCCACCACAUGGCCAAUACCAACAAAGCCGGACCCUUCGACGGGCCAAUACGAGACCAACGGUGCCACCCGCAGGGUCCCGCUCGUGCCCAGAGUGGGUUGGGUGCUUGGAUCAGCAGCAUCGCCGAGAUGGAGACGGACCCGGUGCUCCUGGGAUCAAAUGCUGACCUCAUAGCUAGACCUGUGGAAUCUGCCAUCGCGAUACGAUACUGUCAGGACGCAGCGCGUCCGCGUGUGUCCAGUGUAUGGCAAGGCAAUCGCGGGGAAACGACAGAUCUCCCGCGGCAUCGACUAGCCUCUUUAAAGGAGCGUUUGUCGCGAAUUGAGUCUCUUUUGAAGACGGCCGGCAUCUUGCAUGACGGGGAUAUCAACUCUGAUGACCCGUCGCCUGAUGAAUACGAGUCGUCGGACGAGGAGACUGGAGAAGACGUCGAAGCAGGGGAAGAUAUCUUCCCGCCAUCACAGCCUGGAGCGAGAGAUGAGUCAAACGACCCUUUCGCCUCAUCCACGUCUUCUCCGGACGCUCAGUCAUUCCCCCGGUCAGGCGGCGUGGAAGUCGCCCCUAUCUUCAGAUCCCACGAGCGUGAUGAUCCCCGCUAUUUCGGUAAGUCCACUUACCUGCUCCCAUCGUCCAUGUCAUCUUGUGGAAUCCUGGUCAUUGAUGAGGAACCAGGCCGCUCGUGCUCGCUGUCGUUGCUGUCCCGAGGCGGCAUCGAAUGGAUCAAAAGCAAAACGGGAGAUGUCAGCUUUCUGAAGGUCUUGACUACUGAUACGUCUCACGACGAUCCAUGGACACAAUGGCGACCUGAUGUAUUCCAUGACCUCUUCGCUUCCAAGGUCUACAAGCCACUCCCGCCCAGGUCGGAGGUCUUUUCUCUCAUCAAAGAGUACUUCAGAACCGGAAAUCGACUGUGUCCAAUAUUUGACGAAGAAUCGUUCAUGGCGAUGGUGGAGUGGCAGUAUACGCAGCAGACUUGCGACGAUGCGGCCCGGUGGGCCAGUAUUAACAUGGUUGUCAGUCUGGCUUACGAGUUUCGAUUCUCCAAAAGCGCAAAACCCGAAAAGGAUCGAGAGAAGGCUCGCCUUUACUUCAAAAACGCCAUGUCCGUCUUUACGGAGCUGGCUCUGCGUCGGACAGAUCUCUUGAGCGUGCAAGCGCUCGCUUUCUUCCUGCGAGGAGAUACCGACCCUCAAUCAGUCUUGCCGUUCGUGACAGCAGCGAUGCGUUCGUGUCAAAGGAUGGGUCUUCACCGAGAUGUGCCUCGGCCUGACCUCAGCCCCAUUGAACGAGAACAACGGCGACGAGUGUUUUGGGUGGCUUUCACGAUCGAUCAAAGCACGUGCCUCCGCGCCGGAAACCCUCCAACUCAGCAUCCUGAUGAUUUUGACGUACCGCUUCCAAGCGAGCUCAACGAAGGGCGCAAUGGAACUUCUCCGACCGACAUUCCCUUUUUUCGUCAGUUGUGCCGCAUGUCGGUGAUCAAAAGUCGUAUCUUCUGCCAACUUUAUUCGGCAAAGGCACUGCUCAGAUCUCCCUCGGAGAUUUAUCAGUCCGUUCAUGAACUUGAUUUAGAACUCGCCGCAUGGAGGAAAGAUUUCCCUUCCCACGAGAACUCGUGGCAACCUACAUCUCAAGCGAAUCCUCUGGUUGGGUUUGGGACUAUUGCUCUCGACUUUGUUUACUACAAUGCUUUGAUGAUGACCCAUCGAAUCCCUAUCCUGCUCAAUUAUCUAAUCGUCGACCGCGGGCACCCAAGCGAGAUCGAGACCGUCGACAAGGCACGAACAGCCAAGUCAAUGAUCAUUUGCGCCAACGCUUCCAGAGAGACAUUGAAGAUGGUGAACAACAUGUCCUGGGGAGAUGUUGCAUGGAUAUGGUCCUUUUUAGACUAUGUUUUUUUGGCAGCAGCAACAAUUUUCUCCACCAUCAUCCGUGAUACUCGCUCCUCCCAAGUCAGAGAAGACUUGCAGUCCCUGAGAAUGGCCGCGACAUUUUUCGCAACCCUAUCGCAACCAAGCGACGGCCCUUCCCAAUACGCCGAGUUCAUGAGCCGGAUGAGUGCAAACCUUGAGCGAAUCGCCAGGGGCGCCAUUGAGAAGGAUGAAAAGCGAGCGCGAGGUCCAGAAGAUCGGGAUGGAGAGUCCGUGAUCCCGGGCUCAAAAAGACACAACCACAACUUCUCCAAAGUAAUAGGCAAGAAUCGACACCGAUCAUCUCGUCCUCGGCCAUCGGGGAAGGCCACGGCCAACGGCGGCGAGAAUCCGUCCACGCACGCUGUCAACCCCGCCUCCAGCAUCCCAACAAUGCCAACAGCAUCAGUGGCGACGCUUCCGACGUAUCCUCGGUCCACGGGAUUCAGUAUCCCGGGUGCUUUAGAUGGUCUUCCGCCGGUCAAUGCCGAUGGUUAUGUCGUGCCUGUUAGUCCGAGCCCGAGCCCGAGCCCGAGCCUAAAAAUUUCCACAACUCUCCCGAGGCCUCAGCUCUCUCAACCUCAAGGUCUUGAUUAUGGCAUGAAUUCUCUAGCUGCGUUCGCUCAACCCACCGCUCCUGAAACAAUAUUGGACGCCACGCAGCCAAUUUGGCCAGUUGGGCAGGAAAAUUUGAUCUACAAUACGACCAACUCGCCCACAGUUGACAACCAGCAAUCUCCAUUAUCUUCCAACAGCGGUACUCCGGGCACAGCCAUGUUUCCGGCAUCCUGGGAAGUACCUCUCACAGCAGACUGGCAAUUUGGUGAUGACUUUUGGUCAGGACUCUUUCCCAACGAAACCGUCGCUGCUUCUGCGCAAACAGGCGGUGGUGACAUUCCCAUACUUUCAGCCGAGUCUUUUUUUGAUAUGCCAAGAGGUGGUGUGGUGAGCCCAUCUGGUCCUGUCGAGGGGUAUACAAGUUCACAGAUGCCCUAUAACACGUAUAUGUCUUCUCGGGCAGGAGAGAAUCGAGGGCCAUUUACUUAA